UCAGGCCAUAAAUCUUAGUGAGAGAAUGAAGAGAAGAAAGGUUUCAUCAUUUUCAUGUUCAUCUUCUUCUUCUUCAUGCAUUAUUAAUGAACACCAAAUCCCAAAAUCUCACAAAAACAACACUUUGACUACUACUAAUACCUCCUCAAUGCAAACUGCUAAUGCUGAAACCACUCGCAGGAGCUCCAUUUACAGAGGUGUCACCAGGCAUAGAUGGACUGGAAGAUUUGAAGCACAUCUAUGGGACAAGGGUACAUGGAACAACAUCCAAAACAAGAAAGGAAAACAAAUUUAUUUGGGGGCCUAUGAUAGUGAAGAGGCUGCUGCUCGCACAUAUGAUCUUGCUGCCCUAAAAUAUUGGGGGCCGGAUACGACCCUCAAUUUCCAGAUAGACACCUACAAGAAGGAUAUCGAAAAAAUGGAAAAACUGUCCAAGGAUGAAUAUUUAGCGUCCUUAAGGAGAAGAAGUAGUGGAUUUUCAAGAGGUGUUUCAAAAUAUAGAGGAGUAGCAAGGCACCACCAUAAUGGAAGAUGGGAGGCACGGAUUGGACGAGUUCUUGGAAACAAAUACCUAUAUUUGGGAACUUACAGCACUCAAGAGGAAGCAGCUGCAGCGUAUGACUUGGCAGCCAUUGAGUAUCGAGGUGCAAAAGCAGUUACCAACUUUGAUAUCAGCAUCUAUGCAGAUCGCUUGAAGAAUGUCGUGCCACAAAACGAAGCUAAUCUUGAGUCGAUCAAAGUUGUAGCUCCAGUGAAAAGUGAGCACAUUGAGGAGGUUCAUAAUGACUUAAGUAGUCAUGAGCAACAAGAAGAAGAGACAAUUGCAAGUGAAAAAGAAAAGUCAUUGCCUGAUCAGAUUCAUGAUCUUGAUUUCCCACAUUCAGUUGAGGACGAACACCCAUGGAGCUUGUGCUUAGAUUCAAGCUACAAUCUCCUUCCGUUUCUACAUAUUCCUCUUGAUAAAUCAGGUGAUACUCUUGACUUGUUUGACGACACUGGCUUUGAGGAUAAUAUUGACAUUCUUUUUGACGGCCCAUUAUCUUGUGGAAAUGAACUGGAGAAAGUACAUUCCUGGAUCACUUCACCUUCAUCAUCAUCUUCAACGACAUUUGAUUGUCCCAUUUCUCAUUGAUGAAUAUGUGCUUUAGUUUUUUA